GUGUAACACGUAAUCGAACUAGGAGCGCCGCGGUUCGUCGUCAGCUCCGUCAUCCGCGAACGACAGGGGCCAAAUCGUUGACCACACACGGCUGGAUAAAUCGACUAUCCGUCGAAACGAAAAGAAAAUCCAAGCCUGGCGGGUGUUUCGUUGGAAUCGAUCCGGUCCUCGGACAAGUUUCUAGCGAAUCUAGUGAAAUAUCGGUGGCGGUGGCAGUGGCGGUGAUGGUGACGGUGGUGGUGGUGGUGGUGGUGGUGCAUGAGUCCGCGUAGGGUGGAGGUACUGGGGGAGUAAAGGGACAGUCGGUGAGCUUCGUAGUCUCCUCCCGUGUUGGCUGGACGUGGAUUCGAAAAGGGCGAUCCGAAGGUCGAAAACGAUCGGAAAAAGGAAAAUCGUUUCGAUUGGUGCGGAACGAAGGUUCGGUGGUUGCGAGCGAACGGCGAAGGGCGAGAAAGCACCGUCGUAGAUAGAAGAGGGUACACCGCGAGCGUUUCGCGAACCGAAACAGCGGAUCGUCGCGGUGACUCGCGAACGGUCAAACCGUAAGUCGGAGUGCGUCGGUUACGUCGCAAUGGCGCCGAACGCGGCUCCGUCGAGGAGCGACUCGGUUUCCGACGGAGCCGCCGGUGAUGGAGCGACCGUGAGCCGUUCACGUGAGUCCACCCCAUGUUACUAGAACCGCCGCCGUGGCCCGUGCUCGUGCCACCUCGUGAUCCAACCGAUUCCGGACUCGUACGAGUUCCCCGUUUCCUCAUUUGCCCCCGUUCGGUGAACGCGAAUCGGCCAACCACCAUGAAAAGGAUCCGCAAGAGGCAGCCGCGCAAGAUGAAAGGCCGGUCGCGCGAGUGACAGUGCGUGUGUAUGUGUCAGAGCCGAGUGGUGGGCAAGUUUUCGGGUGAUCGUUCGUUUCGUCGAUUUUUCGAUUUGUCGUGGCCGUCGCCACCCGUGUCCUCUCGCUCGUCGUCGAAAGGAACGGGGGUAUCUCCCUUCGACGAUCCGGCAGAACGAUCUGCCAGCGGUCGUCGUCUACUGGCCGAUCGCCAUGCCGUGGAUUAUCGCGGACACGAAACACCGCUCCGUCACGGAGUGAUCCUGCGAGGACGGGCAGCACGCGAAACAGAGAGGACCAAUCGUAGGAAGAAAAACCGGAGGAGAGUCUAGCGGAGAAAGGAGGAACGGAGCGAAAGGAGGAAGCGAAAGAGGGAAAGAAAGGAGCGGAAGAGGCCGGUACGCUGGCUGGGUGGGUGGUAAAAGGAAGUUUGCAGGAGGUUCGUUACCGGCAAGCCAGGGUUUCUAGGAUAAUCUAGCCAACCUGGCGGACCAGGAGGAAGGUGGCUCGACGAUGCAGGGCAAGGAGAGCCCCGUCGGGUCCAACACCCAGGAGACCCAUCAGUACGUUGGUCCUUAUCGACUGGAGAAGACCUUGGGAAAAGGCCAGACAGGAUUGGUCAAACUCGGGGUCCACUGUGUGUUGGGCAAGAAGGUGGCGAUCAAGAUCAUCAACAGGGAAAAAUUGUCAGAGUCGGUGCUGAUGAAGGUGGAACGGGAGAUCGCGAUUAUGAAACUGAUCGAUCAUCCGCACGUGCUCGGCCUCUCUGACGUAUACGAGAACAAGAAAUAUCUAUAUCUUGUUCUGGAACACGUUUCGGGCGGGGAGCUUUUCGACUAUUUAGUGAAAAAGGGUAGACUAACGCCGAAGGAAGCGAGGAGAUUUUUUCGACAAAUCAUUUCUGCUUUAGAUUUUUGUCAUAGUCAUAGUAUUUGUCACAGAGACUUGAAGCCUGAAAAUUUGUUGUUGGACGAGAAGAAUAAUAUCAAGAUAGCGGAUUUCGGAAUGGCGUCGUUGCAACCUGCCGGCUCCAUGCUGGAAACCAGCUGCGGUUCUCCUCAUUACGCCUGUCCCGAAGUGAUUCGAGGUGAGAAAUACGACGGAAGGAAGGCAGACGUUUGGUCGUGCGGGGUGAUACUUUACGCGCUUCUGGUAGGUGCGUUGCCCUUCGACGACGACAACUUAAGAAAAUUAUUAGAAAAAGUGAAACGAGGCGUGUUCUACAUACCGCACUUCGUGCCGCCCGAAUGUCAGAAUCUGCUGAAGGGGAUGAUCGAAGUCGAUCCGGACAAGAGACUAACGCUGGCGGAGAUAAACAGGCACGUGUGGGUGACGGCGGCGGGCAAAGGCGAGUUAGAAUUAGAGCUGUCGAUGAUGGACGUGGUGCAGACGCACGUUAUUCCGUCCGUGGAGGCGAUCGACCCGGACGUAUUGCAAGCGAUCGCGAGCUUAGGUUGCUUCAAGGAACGGGACAAACUGAUUCAAGAACUCCUCAGCCCGAACCAUAACACGGAGAAGGUGAUCUAUUUUCUACUGUUGGAGCGAAAACGGAGAAGACCAGCGUGCGAGGACGAGUUGGAAGUAAUGAGAGGAGGCAUGAGAGGAUCCGCCGGACAAUUGGAAGCGGAUCCACCGAGAAAGCGAGUGGACACGUGUCGAGUAAACGGUAGCACGGCCCUGAAUCUCGGCGAAAUCAGUCACGGUUCUCCUUUAACGCCUCGAAGGCAGUCGAGCACUAGGCAUCAUGCGCGUCGUUCGCCAAGUACGGGAUGCCACACACACGCGUCGCAUUCGCACGCAUCGACGCCAGGUAGUUCGCCGUUGCACGGCUCGAACGCUGUCGCAGGAUUGCUAAGUCCUCACAGGGCACCACCGACCUCGCAUCUAGGCCAGACGAUGAGUCCUCAUCGGCUGUCGGCGGUAACAACUGCAGCGGGCAACGGAAACACCAGCACACCGCCUGUCGUGGCUCCUGUUCCGGUUCUACCCAACGUGGGAAUAGAAAUAAACGACGUCCAGCAGGUCCGUUUCGCAGUAGUCGCGGUCGGCGUUACACCGCCAGGCUCGCCGCACACCGGCGCCGGAUCUAGCGCUCAUCACUGGCGAUCGAGGUUGACGACCAUCAAGAACUCGUUCCUUGGCAGUCCCCGAUUUCAUCGACGCAAGUUGCUCACAAGCGCCGAGGAGGUACAUCUCACGCCGGAUUCCUCCCCGGAACUUACGAAGAAAUCAUGGUUCGGUAGUCUGAUGACCACGGAGAAAGACGAAACGUUCACCAUUCUGGUAAAAGGGAAGGCUCUAGCCAGCGUCAAAGCCGACCUGAUUCACGCCUUUUUAUCGAUAGCGGAGUUGUCUCACAGCGUAAGCUCGCCGAUGUCCUUCAAAGUGGAAUACAAAAGGGGAAGUACGGCGCCGGCAAUGUUCCAAAGACAAGUCCGUUUUCAAGUGGACAUUAGCGCCAUAUCGAAACAGCCGAACGAACCAUUGUUCGCUAUUACUUUUACUCUGCUAAGCGGAAACAUCCGAAGAUUUCGAAGGGUCUGCGAGCACAUUCAGUCGCAGGUCUGCUCGAGAAGCGUAGGAAUAAAUUUGGGAGGGCAAAGCCGCGCGGCACCGCCUAGUCCGCGAGCAUCUCGAAAAUUUACCACGGAGAUGAGCGAAAGUUCCAGCUGCGGUAGCGACACCAGCGAACGGUUAUUUCUCAGCCCGCACCCAGCUACCAGACAGGUAGUCUGUUUCAACAAGAUCGACUCGGACAUCGAAUCGGACACCUCCGUGUUUGACGUGAAAUCGCCGACCCGCGAGAACGGUCGCAGGAGUUCCACGUCAACGAACAACAACAACCCGUUACCAGGCGACGCGACGCCGACUCCUGGAAGUCCGACAAAGGCGGUGCGUAGUAAUUCGGAGAGUCAAAACACGCCGGAGAAAAAAUGCGUAACAACGAUGAGCGGCAAUAACAUAGCGUGAUACUACCAGAACUUCCGUUUCGAGUUUCGAUCAAGCUUGAAGAACUUGUGGGACAGUGCCCAGAGAUUCUGGUGACCCUCGUACGAGCAGCUCGCUCUAUCUCCGAUCGAGAAACGAUCCAACGCCGGGGAGGCAGCAACGAUCCUGAGACGAAGCUUCGGCCGAGGACGAAAUAGACUUCAAGGAGGCAUUACCGAUCCGAAAGGAGAGAUCGACAUUUAACCGAAAAACCGAAUAAAAAUACCUCGACACGACUUCCUUACGUCGCGAGCAAACGAACGAGAGAUUGUAACGGAUAAAUUCGGAGCGUCGAAAGCGAUCGAGGAGAGACGAUCCUGAGGAAAAGUUCGACGAUAGUCGUCGUUCUGAGAGACGAAGACCAGAGAAACGAGACAUCCGUGUGAAAGGAGAGUAAAUCAGAUUCGGAUGAAAAAUAUGAAGGAAAUGCUCGACGUCCAACUCUCGGAUCGUUCGGCGACGCAUCUCGUGCACAAAGCAUAUUCGACUGGCAAAAACGACGGAGGAAAUUUGUGCCGCAACGCGAAUCCUUCUCUUUUGAUGUUUCGUUUGCACAGUGAUCGUGUGAUCGUGUGAUCGUUUUGUCAAAUCGUAGCACGGUUUUACCUGAAAGUGAAGUGCAAUAGUGACAUCGUACCGGUAUACGUCGGAUCGUGCCGUUGUAAGAAUGGUUUACCGGUUUCAUUGAUCGUAACCGAUCGCAAAAAAAAGAGAAUAUGUUGACAAUGCGUCAAAUUUUCAUCGUUCAAAUGCGAAUGACUGGGUUCACACCGAGGAAGCCUUCAAAGAUUCGUCCCAAACGGUUCCAUCUAUAGAGGGAGAAGCGUGAAAUUUCGAAACGAACGGUAAACUCGUAAAGAGGCAGAAGCGGAAAAGAGGAAAGGGAGCAUUGUCCUAAGAUAGAAGCGUUGCCUGGCACGGUAGGUCGGCGCACCUUCGGCCAAUUCGAUCUUGCACGGUCGCGAAUUAACGCCGCGACCAACGACGUCCGACUAGUUAGUAAAGUUUAGUAAAGGCGUGAAUCUGUAGUUCCACUGUGUUGAUCGCUGUAUUGUAAGCAAAAUCGACUAGAAACACACCCGGAGACGCUUCUUUUCACGCUAUACUGUUCGCUGGGUUACCGACUUCUUCACCGUUUACGCGUAGACGCCACCGUGCACCGAUUUUUAGUAUUUCAAUGCUUUUCACGUUAACACGCAACACGCGUUUAGUUUUCUUCCUAUGGUUGGCAACAACUUUCUACCCUUUGCACUUGUACCGGUAUUAUUCUUCGUGCCGUACCGUGUUCACGAAACUUGGAUACAAUCGAUGCUAAAUAAUCUGGUACUUUUAUAAAUAUGGCUACGCCAUUACGUAUUUUAAUUGAAAAAAUGGGAAAGUAUGUUUGAUAGAAAGUUUGACGCGAUAGCGCGUUACGUCAAAAUUUACGCAAAGUGCAAAGGGACGAACGAUAAUUUUCUUAUACAGCCGAUUCGACGAAAACAACUGACGAAGAUAUUGUUAUGUCGUAGGAACGCAAAAAAAAUGGUACGAACGCGAAAUAACGUUGCUCAGGGCUGUCGGAAAAUUAUUGGCCAAGAUUACUAUGCGAUCGUUGCUACUAAAAAGAAAGAAAAAAUCAAAACGCCUUUUCAAUAGGGAAACCCUUAGUGCUGAAUUAUCCAUAUUCAUAGCCGUAGCAACGAAGAUAUUGCUUUCACGAUUGAUUUAGCAAUCUCACGACACACCUUUAAUACAGGCAUAUCUCAACGAUAAAAAGUUUCAAAAUCGAAAUGUCGUACACGAGGGAUCCACGAGUCGUAUCUCGUGCAAACGAGCUUCGAUUUCUAUUGUGAGUAUCGAUUAUAUGUAUUUCGUGUGAAGUCUUUCACUAUUGUAGCAGUAUACUAAUCUGUUAAACGAUAAAGAAAAUCAUAUUGACGUACGAAGUGGAUCGUAGUGAUAAGUUACGGGCGCUUUCAAACGUUAUUCAAAGUUCAAAUUGUCUAGAAAUUUAAAAUUCUCGAAUAACGGCCAUCUGUAAAUGAUCGUUUGAAUAAAAAUUUUGACGUUUCGAACUAACGAAUUCCUAAUUUCAAUUUAUCGAAUACCGAUUGGAUAACUGAGUAACUUCCGACGUUUGUUACGAUAAGAUUUUGUAUAAAGUUCCAAAAAUGAAAUAGCACGUUUAUUAUCGAUUGUUAUGCGUGUAUCGAAACAAAACGAUUGUUACCUGAGAAUUUCGUGUGAAACAGUUCAUAUCAAAGAUACAUAAUCAAUAUUCUAUUUAGAGGAUCCCAGAGGUACAGCGAUUCGAUUUGCCAAUUACGCGUUGUAUGUACCGAGUAUUUAGUAACGUCCAUGACAACUGACAAUAACGGCUGUGAGUCCGAAGAUGUGUUUUCUGAAAAGUAUUCCUUAUUGUAAACCAUUUCGCUUGACUUGCCUGCGUGAAUUUAAACUUCCGUCGAAGUUCUAGUGGGAACCGAUCGUACAACGCUAUAUUCACACAAUAGAAACAAUUCGAUAGACAGGCUUCGAUUAUACAUUCGGUUAUUCGAUGUGUACCGAAUAACAUAAAAAGUAACUAUGGUUCGUAACAUUAACAAUAGCAUUACCUUGCUAUGCUAUUAUUUCAAGAAGAUGAAAGCUCGAAAUUUGUUCAUUUCUAAUAGAGCGUUAAAGCAGGUGCAAAUAUGUUUGAGUAUUAAACUUUUGGUCGGUUUUCACAAAAGAAAUUUCAAAAAACGGGACGACGAUCUAUCUAAUCGAUGCAUGAGUACAACAAUGAUAUACAUACAUACAUACAUAGGUACUCACCAUAUGCAGUCGAUUACGACGAAGUUACAAAAUACUUGUCGCUUAUUUUGCAAAUAAAGAGCACUCCUAACAAAAAGUGGUUACAUCGAUUUGAGAGUUGUUAAUUUGCAUCACAGAAUUAAUCAAUGACCGCGUCACACAAACGGUCGCAGGAGAUAUACAAACAAUGGAUCUUUAGGCCGGUUUCAACGAUAUAUGAAACACCGAUGAAAUAUAUUGACAAUUUUGAGUAUGUGAUAAAAUAAAAUCGUUCGAAAUUUUGAAAAAGUACAACUUUAUGAAAGAAGACACAAACGUGUUCGAAGACUCGAAAACUUCCACGCCGGAAACACGAGAAAGGAAUAUGGCUUCGAGUUGCUUUACAAGUUGAUGCAAUUAUCGAUCGUGAAAUCGAUUAACCACCUUUGAAAUGCCCGCGUUUAGCGGCAAACUGACUCCAUAAAAUUUGAACGAUCGUGUUCAGAGGGAUUAGGGAUUUGCGCUAAAUUCGAUGCACUUGCAGUAAACUAUUUUUUUACGAAGAGAAAAGAAACAAUCCUGCCCUGAAACCCUUGUUCCGCAUAACGAAGAACUAGUUUCUUUUUUUAAACGUUCAAUUCCUGAAACCACGGCAACGGUGUACGCAUAUUGUGAUUCGAGUGUCUCACGGUCCCACGAAUCGAUUAAAUAGUUUCUUUCUUGUCGACCUUAAAUGGGUAUGUAUAUAUCACCUUGUUUUGGAGAAAAAAAAACGAUCAUUACACCACCAGAUGUAACCAACAUUGAUAUCACAAUUGUUUUAUUUUAUUUCACUUUAUCGAAUAACAAUUCAUUCGAUUAUUCAAUUACUUUUUUAUAGUUUACUUGUGAAGCAAACUACAAAUACAGUGUACAGUUAUUGUACUAACGAAUACUACUGGUACUUGUCACGCAAUGACUAUGAAUUAUUAUGUAUUAUUAUAAAAUAAUAUCGUUAGUUUUCAAGCAAACGAAUAAACACGAGAAUGUGGGGAGAUAAAAAUUGUAACAUAUUUGUUGAUGGCCAAUAUCAAAUAUGUAUAAAAGUAAUAAUAAUGCAACAUUACUAAUAAACAAAUAUUACUAA